AUGGCGCACACGCUCGGCCUCGCAAAAAAUGCGGCUGGGCAGGUUGAGGGCUUCGAGAUUUUCAUCAAGUUCUUGCCUCCUUCGGCCAGCGCUGCAUCCUUGAAGGAGUUUUUCGGCGAGGCUGGCGAAAUAGUGGGCGAGCCUCGCAUAAUGCUCGACAGCAAGACUGGCAACUGCAAGGGCAUUGCCUGGAUUACCUUCGCGAGCAAGGACGCCUUUCAGACCGCCAUAAGUUGGACCGGCUCCAGCUUUCAGGGCCGCAAAUUAGAGAUCAAGGCCGGCAAGCAGUUCCACACGGGCAUCCGGCCGUCCGUGCAAGCUCCUGGAACUCACACUCCAGCACUUUGCGCGGAAGUGGUGAAGAAGCUGGUGGCACCAAAUCCAGGCGGUGUCUACGUGGACGGCACAUUUGGUCGUGGCGGCCACACACGCGCGAUGUUGGCGGCAAUGUCGCCAUCGGGCUCCCUCCACGCGUUCGACAUGGAUCCGGAGGCCAUCGUCGCGGGCAAGGAACUGAUGAAGGCUGAUUCCCGCUUUACCAUCCACCACGCGCCGUUCAGCUCCAUGAAGGCCGUGUUGAAGCCCCUCGGGGUUCGUGUUUCUGCUGUUCUUUUUGACCUUGGAAUUUCUUCCCCGCAGUUUGAUGAUGCUGGCCGUGGAUUUCGGCCCGAGGCAGACGGCCCGUUGGAUCUGCGGUUUGACCAGACCAAGGGCAUCACUGCGUGGGACUUUCUCAUGUCCGCUUCGCGCGAGGAGAUCAUUCGGGUCAUCUCGGAGUACGGUGAAACAUCGGACGCAACAGCUUCGCAGCGAAUCGCGGACGUUAUUUGUCUGGCACGUUCCAAGGGUGCCUUGCCGAAGCGGACCCGAGAGUUUGCAGCACUCGUGGCGCAGGGCAAGGGACCGGAAUAUCAAGCCAUGCACCCGGCGAAGCUCACGUUUCAGGCGCUGCGCAUCCAUUUGAACAGCGAGUUUGACGAGAUGCGCAAGGGAAUCUCGGCGGCGUUCGGUCUGCUCGGCGAGGGCGGCCGCAUCGGCCUCAUCUCUUGGAAGCACUCCGAGUGUGCAAUCAUCAUGGACAUUUUUCGGUCGCUCGAGGCUGUCAGAGACAAGGAGCCCCUCCUGAAAUGGUACCGCACUUUGCCAGAUGCAGAACAACUGCCGGAAAGGUGGUCCAUGGAAAUGGAUGAGGUUACGCGACCUUCCGAAAAAGAGCUGCAGACAAACUCCAGAUCUCGCUCCGCUUUGCUGCACGUUUUGCGGAAGCGGCGCAUGCCACGGUUGGCCGAUCUGGAGAGCAUGGCAUAUGCCUUGCCUGCGUGGUGCAGUGUGACAGAGCCUGCGGUGAGCUCCACCCCUGCGAGAAAGCGAAAGCGAAAAGAGACAGAGAUUACCAGUGUUGCCGCGCCUGCCGGGACGCCAGAGCUGACCAGCUCUGAAUUGAGCCGCCCCAGCCGCUGCGAGGAGGAAGGACGCAGGGUCAGCGACGGCACCAACUUGGAAGGGUGCAAUCAUUGUGGCAAGGUGGGCCACACCACGAAGCGCUGCACCUUUGGUGCGAAGCCCUCGGAGCGCUUCCUGCCCUGCGAGGGCACGAGGCCGAAGGCACCUUGUUUUUGGCGCCGCUUUCUGCUGCCCUUGCAGAGGGCAAAUGCACAAACGUUCACAGCUGACGAUCCCCGAGCUUGCGGCCGCGCUGACGUGGGCUUGCGCUGUGUCUCUGCGGCUUUGUUUCGGAGCCAAGGGCUGCGGCGCAACACGCAGGUUUGCCUGUCCUUCGAAGCCAGCAACCACACCCUCGAAGUUUCGGGCGCGUUGGCCCGAGGCCUGGUGCCAGACGAGCCACGCCUGGCUUCCCGCGUCUUCGAGGCCUUCGAAGCUUACUUCGCGGGUCAAGGCUUGCCGGACCCGGACGAAGAUCCGGAGGCUUGGUGCGCAUCGAACUUGAGAGGGCUGGAGGUCAAAGAACGGUCUACGAAGGCCGCACUCAAGGCCGCGCUGAAGAAAAAGCCUUCAGAACCAGCGGAGGGUCGCGUGGUCAUGUUGAUGCUGGAUGCAGAGGGGGAGCCGAUAGUCGAAGUGCUGAAGCAGAUUUCCAGGACCAACGUCGUGGGUGUCGUAGCUGUCUUGGGUGACCACCGUGGCUUCGGGCCUCACGACGUCCAGGCCUACGAGGAGGUUGCACGCUCCAUGCAAGCGGAUAUUGUGCGCACCUCCCUCGGCGGCACCACUUUGCUAGGGUCCCAUGCCAUUGUCAUCCUGCAGCACUAUCUCGACGAGCAUUUGCAUCGUUGCGAGGUCCCAAAGCAGGUUGAUUACGGCCGUGGGCGAUGA